GUAUGCACACAAGUGCAAGUCGAGAUGAAGAAAUACUAGCAUUAUAAUUGUAGUUUUCAUGAGUUGAUAAAAGUAUAAAAGACGCGUACUGAUCUCAAGCAACAUUCAAUUUCGACUUGAGCCUUCUAUUAAGAGGUUAAUUCAAAAGCAGUAAAAGAGUUGCAAAUAUCAAAAAUAUCAAGAUGAGAAAUAUUCUUUCAAUUGUAAUGCUAUUAGUAGCAUUUGUAGCAUUUACACAUGCACAAAUUGGUCCACCUCGAAGACCAAAUCCAAUGUUUCCUGGACAUGGACCUUUUAACCCUCGUCAACCUAGUCCGUGGGGUGGUAGACCAUUUAAACCUCCAGUUCGUUUUCGUCGAUCACCCAAGGAUAAUCAUCUAACUGUUGAAGCAGGAAGACAAGGAGGAAGUUCAUCAUAUAAUGUUGACUAUGGCCGAACGGUUCAUGAGAAUAAAUACGGAAGAGUUAUUGUUAAUGGGGGAAUGAAUAAGGAACCACAUGGAAGACCCGAAAAACAUAUUGGAAUUACGGGACAGUGGGAUUUCUAAUUAAAUCAUCAAAGUUAGGAUUACAAUUAAAAUAAUGUCCUCAAUUAUUUAUUUACAAGAUAUUGUCAUUUAUUAGUUUUAAAAUUUUUUGUACAUUUUCCGUCCAUUACUUGUACAUAUUGCAUUUUGUUCAGUUGAUAUUGAUUGAAUUUGAAUAAAAUAAUCUUUUAAUGUA